GUGUGAGUUUAUAUGAAGCGCAUAAAUAUUUCCAUGAAUGACCAAUUUCCACGUAACACGACGUCGUUUCCACUCUGUCGUUUUUGAAAAUUGAAUUCUUUUCCCUGGUUAUGUUUACUUCAAUAGAAGAAAAGAAGAGAGAGAAAACUUUAAAACAGUAGUACAUUCACUUUCUCUCUCUAGUUGUGGCGGAUAAUAGAGAGAGAUAAUUUUUUGUUCUCCGAUUUCGGAAUUCUAGGGUUUCGAGCUUCGUCGGAAGCUACAAUGGCGGACAGAAAUCGUUGGAGUUGGGAUGUUAAAGGUUUUGAACCGAAGAAAACGACGUCGUCUGAGGUUGCCGAUUAUCAGGUUAAGACGACGCCGUUAGCGCGUAGAUACUCGAUUUCUUCUUCGAUUGUGCCGUCGUCUGAGCUUUCUAAGCAUGUUAUGGUGUCUAAAAUGCAGAAACUUCAGGAUAAGCUUAAGUUUGCAAAAGAAGAUUAUGCAGUCUUGAGGCAGGAGGCCAAUGAUCUCCAGGAGUAUUCUAAUGCUAAGCUUGAUCGAAUAACGCGGUAUGUGGGAGCACUUGCUGAUAAAACCCGUAAACUGGAUCAGGCUGCCCUUGAAGCCGAGGCAAGAAUUAUUCCUUUGAUAAGCGAGAAGAAAAGGUUGUUCAAUGACUUGUUGACAGCCAAAGGAAACGUAAAGGUAUUUUGUCGCACUAGACCAUUGUUUGAAAAUGAAGGCCAAUCUGUUGUUGAAUUUCCUGAUGACUACACUGUCCGUGUUAAUACUGGUGAUGAGACGUUGACCAAUCCUAAAAAGGAUUUCGAACUUGACCGGGUGUAUGGACCUCAUGUUGGACAAUCUGAAGUCUUCACUGAUGUUCAACCAUUUGUACAGUCUGCUUUGGAUGGCUAUAAUGUAUCUGUAUUUGCUUAUGGGCAAACUCAUUCUGGAAAGACUUAUACAAUGGAAGGAUCUAGCCACGAUCGUGGUUUAUAUGUUCGAUGUUUUGAGGAACUAUUUGAUUUAUCCAACUUGGAGAGCACUACUACUUCACGAUUCAGUUUUUCUGUCAGUGUUUCCGAGCUUUACAAUGAGCAGGUUAAGGAUUUGCUUGCAGCAUCAGGAAGGAAUGCACCAAAAGUCCGCAUGGGAUCACCAGGUUCAUUUAUAGAAGUUAUGUCAGAGAAAAUCGAUAAUCCACUGGAGUUCUCCAGAUUACUAAAAGAAGCACUGCAGAGUCGGGGCUCUGAUGUAUUGAAGUUCAAUGUUUCUCAUUUGAUUGUCACCAUACAUAUAUAUUAUAACAAUGCAAUUACUGGAGAGAACUUAUACAGCAAAAUUUCACUGGUUGACUUAGCUGGAAGCGAGUGCUUGGCAACAGACAACGAAACUGGCGAGCGUGUAACUGAGCUGUUGCAUGUUAUGCAAUCACUUUCAGCAUUGGGAGAUGUUUUAUCGUCUGUGACAUCAAAUAAAGAUGAUGUCCCAUAUGAAAAUACAAUUCUCACCAGAUUCCUUGCUGACUCAAUAGGUGGAAGUUCCAAAACGUUGAUGAUUCUCAAUAUAUGUCCAAAUGAUUCUAAUUUGCCUGAAACUUUAUCAUCCCUCAACUAUUCUUCCAGAGCCAGAAGUGCUGUUUUAAGCCUGGGAAAUAGGGACACAAUAAAGAAAUGGAGAGAUACUGCUAAUGAUGCACGGAAAGAGCUCUAUGGAAAAGAAAAGGAAAUUAUUGAUCUGAAGCAAGAGAUUAUGAGUUUUCAGCCAACACUUAAAGAAGCAAAUGAUCAGUGUGUCCUCCUAUUUAACGAAGUUCAGAAGGCUUGGAAAGUUUCAUUUACUUUACAGUCAGAUUUGAAGUCGGAAAAUAUUAUGCUUGCAGACAAGCAUAAGAUUGAGAAAGACCAGAAUGGACAAUUACGGAAUCAAGUUGCUCAAUUAUUGCAAGUUGAACAAGAACAAAAGCUGCAAAUACAAGAAAGAGAUUCAACAAUACAGAACCUGAAGGCUAAAGUUGAAAGCUUAGAACAACAACUAAGUGAGGCCCUUCAGUCUCCUGAAAGUAAAUCAGAGACUGUGACUAAUUCAAAUGUGAAGGUGGCAGAGGAUAAUGUGGACUCGUCAGCUGUUAUCAAGAAGCUUGAGGAAGAACUCCUGAAACGAGAUGCACUGAUUGAGAGGUUGCAUGAGGAAAAUGAGAAGUUAUUUGACAGAUUAACUGGAAAAGCGGCUUCGGUUGAAUCCUCCCAGGUGUCUAGUCCAUUAGCUAAACGAGAAGCGAAUGUCCAGACUCAUGACUUGGCCAGGAGCAAUAAUAGUAACAGUACAGCGCGUUCUCCUCAAGUGGUGUCUGGGUCGACAGCUGGUGGUAAGGGGGAAUUGGCAGUUGCUUUGGUUAAACCUGGGAAUGAGUUAGCAAAAACUACCCCAGCUGGAGAAUAUCUCACUACUGCCUUGAAUGACUUCGAUCCUGAACAGUAUGAAGGCCUGGCUGCUAUCUCAGAUGGUGCAAAUAAACUUUUGAUGCUGGUUCUUGCAGCUGUCAUAAAAGCUGGUGCCUCUAGAGAGCAUGAAAUUCUUGCAGAGAUCAGAGAUGCCGUCUUUUCAUUUAUCCGUAAAAUGGAGCCAAAGAGGGUGAUGGAUACUAUGCUUGUAUCUCGUGUAAGGAUACUUUAUAUAAGAUCGUUGAUUGCUAGAUCUCCUGAGCUGCAAUCGAUCAAGGUUGCUCCAGUUGAGCGAUUUCUUGAGAGAGGCACUAAUGGAAGAAGUAGGAGCUCUAGUCGUGCAAACAGUCCUGGAAGGUCUCCUGUGCGGUAUGAUUUGAGCCCUAGAACAUCUUUGGUUGAGGGGCAAAUUCAAGGAUUCAGAGUGAAUAUCAAGCAAGAAAAGAAGUCCAAGUUUUCUUCUGUGGUCUUGAAGCUUCGGGGCAUUGAUGAGGAAACUUGGAGGCAACAUGUAACUGGUGGAAAACUCAGGGAGAUAACAGAGGAGGCCAAAAGCUUUGCGGCUGGAAAUAAAGCUCUGGCUGCUCUCUUCGUUCAUACACCAGCUGGAGAGCUACAACGUCAAAUUAGAUCAUGGCUGGCAGAGAAUUUCGAGUUUCUUUCUGUCAUUGGCGAUGAUGCAAUAGCUGGUACGACUGGCCAGCUAGAGCUUCUCUCAACUGCAAUCAUGGAUGGUUGGAUGGCUGGACUAGGUGCUGCUCUGCCUCCCAGUACUGACGCUCUUGGUCAACUGCUAUCUGAGUAUACAAAACGGGUUUACACAUCUCAGCUACAACAUUUGAAGGAUAUUGCGGGAACAUUGGCUAUGGAAAUGGCAGAAGAUCCAACUCAGGUGGCAAAACUACGCUCAGCUCUUGAAUCUGUUGAUCAUAAGAGGAGGAAGAUAUUGCAACAAAUGAAAGGUGAAUCAGCUCUACUGACGUUGGAAGUUGGUGGCUUGCCAGUACCUAAUCCUUCUACUGCUGCUGAAGAUGCCAGACUUGCUUCUCUCAUCUCCCUUGAUGGCAUAUUGACGCAAGUCAAGGAUAUAACAAGACAAGCCUCCAUAAACUCCUUGAGUAAGAACAAGAAAAGAGCAAUGCUUGCUUCUCUGGAUGAACUUGCUGAACAAAUGCCAACACUUCUUGAGAUCGACCAUCCUUGUGCACAGAGGCAAAUUGCUGAGGCUCGCUCAAUUGUGGAGUCUGCUGCUGAAGAAGAUGAGUCUUCAAAUGCUCUUAAACCAUCAUCAGAUUCUGGGUAUGCUGCUGAAACUGAUGUAUCACAGUGGAAUGUUCUACAAUUCAACACCGGGUCUGCUACCCCAUUUAUCAUCAAAUGUGGAGCCAACUCAAAUUCAGAGUUGGUGGUUAAAGCAGAUGCUAAGGUUCAGGAACCUAAAGGUGGUGAAAUAGUUAGAGUUGUUCCAAGACCAACAGUUCUGGAAAAUAUGAGUUUGGACGGCAUGAAACACGUAUUCUCCGAACUCCCAGAGGCUCUUAGUUUGCUUGCCUUAGCAAGAACUGCUGAUGGUACAAGAGCUCGGUAUUCCCGACUGUAUAGAACUCUGGCGAUGAAAGUACCAGCUUUGAGAGAUCUUGUUAGUGAAUUGGAAAAGGGGGGAAUCUUAAAGGAUGUGAAGCAAUGAGUACAUAUGCAAAUACAACUCCUUAACUCAUUGUAUUGUAUGUAUUAUUAUUGUCUUGUCUUUUUGAUGAUAAUCUCUUCUUUUUCAUGUACCUUUACGUGUAUAUGAUCUAGGGGAUUUCUUUUUGAGACACUACGAAAUUAUAUGUAAAUUUUGCAGGAUUCUUCAUUGUCAAUGAAAUCCCCCAUUACCGAGAUUGUUGACGAACUAUAUGACUUUUUGUACGGGAAUGUGAUUCAGUUGUUACUUUCUCCUGAA